AAACAAAUAGCCGCAAGGCUCCACUGGCUUCGAUCUCUCGCACUCUCCCCCCUCCUCCCUCCGUCCACAAGUUCUGCGUCCUUCUAUUCGCCUGCCCACAGAAACCGCUCAGCUAAGUACCCGCACCAUUAAAACCAUCAAUCUUCUCUAUAAAAUCUCUUCCUUUUAGCUCUGCCCAUCUUUCAUCUUAUGUUCAGGGAGUUUUUUCUAAUCGAUUAAUGGCAACUUCAGCGGAGAUUGGUAGCAUUCUGUGGGGAAAGCCGCCGGCGGGAAGGGACCACGCUGGUUUGGCUUCCUCCCGACAUGUAAGUCGGUCGCUCCCCGUGACUGGAGGGUGGUCUCGUUCGUCGUCAUCAUUCCGGGCAGGCAUGGUGGUGAGAUCGGAGGGGACGAUGGAGAAAAGCGAGCUGGCUGGAUUGGCUUCUGUCAAUGGGCCGGUGAGUGUGAAUGCAUCUCAUUGUUUGCAGCCAGGUGAGCAAGAGGAAAGCAACAUGGAGGUGUCUACGAAAUUUCGAAGAAAAACAAAGAUUGUGUGCACAAUAGGGCCUUCUACAAGCUCUCGUGAAAUGAUAUGGAAGCUUGCUCAAGAAGGGAUGAAUGUUGCCCGGCUUAAUAUGUCACAUGGAGAUCAUAAAUCACAUCAGAAAAGUAUUGAUUUGGUUAGAGAGUAUAAUGCUAGGUCUGAGGAUAAUGUCAUUGCAAUCAUGUUAGACACCAAGGGACCCGAAGUUAGAAGUGGAGAUGUCCCUCAACCCAUUUUACUUGUGGAAGGUCAGGAGUUCAAUUUCACCAUCAAAAGAGGAGUUAACACUGAGAAUACUGUUAGUGUGAACUAUGAUAACUUCAUAAAUGAUGUGGAUGUUGGAGAUAUUAUAUUGGUUGAUGGUGGGAUGAUGACACUGACUGUCAAGGAAAAAACUGUUGAUGUGGUUAAAUGCAAAGUAAUUGACGGAGGGGAACUUAAAUCGAGACGCCAUUUAAAUGUUCGAGGCAAAAGUGCAACCUUGCCUUCUAUAACAGAAAAGGAUUGGGAAGAUAUCAAAUUUGGGGUGGACAACAAUAUUGACUUCUAUGCAUUAUCAUUUGUAAAAGAUGCAAAAGUUGUUUGUGAAUUGAAAGAUUACCUCAGAAGUUGCAAUGCAGAUAUCCAUGUAAUUGUUAAGAUCGAGAGUGCUGACUCAAUACCCAAUCUCCAGUCUAUUAUAUCUGCUUCUGAUGGGGCAAUGGUCGCUCGCGGUGACCUUGGAGCUGAGCUUCCAAUAGAGGAAGUUCCACUGCUGCAGGAGGAGAUCAUUAGAAGAUGUCGCAGCAUGAAAAAACCUGUAAUUGUUGCAACCAAUAUGUUAGAGAGCAUGAUUAAUCACCCGACUCCAACAAGAGCAGAAAUUUCUGAUAUAGCAAUUGCUGUGCGUGAAGGCACGGAUGCCGUUAUGCUCUCUGGAGAAACAGCUCACGGAAAAUACCCCCUAAAAUCUGUCAAUGUGAUGCAUAAUGUGGCAAUAAAAACCGAAUCAUCGAAGUUAACUAGUAUUUCCCAUUCAAGUCUCGACACCGUCAUCCAAGCCGACGACGGUGAGGAGUUUCGUGAAAGCCAUACGAGUGCGAUGUUUGCAUUGCAUGCGACUACAAUGGCCGACACUCUUGGCACUCCUAUCAUUGUUUUCACCAGAACUGGGUCCAUGGCUGCACUUCUAAGUCAUUAUCGUCCAUCAUCAACUAUUUUUGCAUUUACUAACGACAAAAGGAUUAAGCAGAGGCUGGCACUUUAUCAUGGGGUAUGGCCUAUCUAUAUGAAGUUUUCUGAUGAUGCUGAAGAGACUUUCUCAAGAGCAACAAACUGCUUAUUGGCUCUGGGAUUUCUGAAGAAAGAUGAAUUUGUUACACUUGUUCAGAGUGGAACAAAUACGAUCUGGCGCGAGGAAUCCACGCACCGCAUACAAGUUCGGAAGGUUUGAAGAUGAAGUAUUCCAUAGACAGGCAAUUUAAGUAUUCCAUAGA